UCGCACUGGGUCGGAAAAUUUCUUUUUAUUUUUAGAUUUCUGCCAUCUGUUUGGUAAAAUAGCUUCCGCAUACCUCGUAAACAAUUUGUUGUUGCUGCUCUUACCACCACUAUUCGAGACUUUUCGCCACCUCUCGAAAAUACAUUAGAGACCAAUCCAAUAAGACCGCCCGUUGGGAUUGUGGAUUGGCGUCGUUACAGGACUCGUUAGUGCCCACUCGUACCAAACACGCCGCUCGUUCGCGUUCCGCCAUAAAUGAACUUCCACAGUGGAGGCCUCAGGAGCGUAGGCCGGUG